AUGGUCUCACUGAAGAUGUUGUGGAUCAAUCAGGCAUCCAAAUUGCUGCAGGAUGCUUCCAUGGUACCAGCCUUCAUGCGUAUGUGUGGUGCUCGUUUUGGCCGAGGAGUUUCCAUAGCUGCAGAAGUCAUGCUGCCUGACACGUUGGUGGUGGGAAAUGGUUGCUUCAUUGCUACACGAAACAUCCUCACCAGCGCGACGGUGGACCAGGGUCAGUUCCGAGUUCCGUGCGUUACACACCUGGGUGACAACUGCUUUGUAGGGAACGACAACUGCUUGCCGGCGGGGCUGCCAGAGGGCAGCUUCUGCGGUCUAAAUACAUCGCUACCCAAAAGGCCUGACCAGAAGAACUUGGGCUACUUCGGAACCCCUGCGAUGACCUUCAAACGCCCAAGCAGCUUAAGCAAGGAUGGCUCACCAGAGGAAGAUUCCACUGCAGCUUUGUGGUGGUUUCACUUCAGCACCAAUGUGAUUGAUAUCUUCAUUUUGCGCGGCUUGCAGGCCAUGGUUGUUGCAUCUUCGCUUGUGAUGAGCAGGUGCCUGUUUCCUUCCACCACGAACACUUCAGUUCUGGCCGUGCUAUUCAUGGUGACGCUUAUAUACCUCCUGAUGAAAGUUGUUGCCAUGAGUGACGUCGGUGAGGGAGCCGUGUUGCGACCAGCAAGUGUCUUGCAUCACCACUUUCUGCAGCCCUUGGUCAGUGCAGAGGAGGGCCGCCGGAAGGCCAGCAGUGAUUCGGAGGCACGGAGUGCUCGAAGCGCGAGGAGUGCACGAAGCCGCAGCCAAAAGGCGGCCGAGGCCCCGCAAAAAGAGCCGCCGCUUCCAAGCGGCUAUCCGCAAGCUUUGCCUUUGCCGACAGCCUUACUCCGCACUCACGAACUGUCGGAGGUGAAGCUGCAAGCAGGUCGCGCAGUGGAUGAUCCGAGGACCAAGGCCUUGAGUCGGGCGACGUGGGCGGGGUGGAUCCAGGUGGUGAUAAACGGGAAAGAAGCGUUCAGAAUGACGUUCUUUGGAGUGUCAGAACACAUAGCCUAGCAAGUUAUAUAUCUGAUAGGUUAUAGGAAUAUGCCCAUGCUUGCCCUCCCUUUGCAGCUUGUGGCCCCUCGGUUUUUGUGGGAAGGUGAGGCUUUGAGCGCACAGGAAUGCCUACGGCUGACUUGCAUGAAAAGAACAUGUUUUGCUUCAGACGCCUCGCUUGCUUCAGGAUCAUGUUGAUUUGACUCCCAGCUUCAAAUUGUUGCAAGGGUCACCCCGCAGAUCUCGAAACAGCUCUGCGCCCUGAGCAUCUAAACUGGAUCGAUUCAUUCGAUGAAGAAGCGCGCUGCUUGGGGGACACUAUCUUCUUGACGAGGCUCGCGAGGGGAAGAAGCCCAUGCCGCUCGAGCGCUCGUUGUCACCAGAGGCGAAGUAUCAGC